AUGUCCUCACUUCAAUAUUAUGCAUAUUCCGGUCUAGGCGAGUGGGCGCGUAAACACCUAAAUUAUUCCCAAGCUGUCCGAAUAGGCGACCAGAUACAAUGCUCGGGACAAGGCGGUUGGCAGCAGAAUCUCUCAGCAGACGGCCUGCCAAAGUUUCCGACUAGCAUCGACGAAGAGAUUGUCCAAGCUUUCUCGAAUGUGGACCUGGCUCUGAAAGAUGCAGGUGGGAAAGGAUGGAGUCAGGUCUUCCGAGUGAACAGUUACCACAUUGAUUUAACACCUGAGGUCACCGGAUUAAUGGUUGAGAAUUUCAGGAAGUGGAUGCCAGAUCACAUGCCAAUCUGGACCCAGGUUGGUGUGAGGCAGCUGGGGGCCGAUGGCAUGAACGUGGAAAUUGAGGUUGUUGCUUAUGAUCCUGCACAAUGA